UCCUCCGCACCGGUGAUUGGGUCGCAAUGUUUGCGACGGGGCUCACUCUAUCUUAUCCUCUCUCUUUCAAAACCCAAAAUCUCAAGCUCUUAUCUCUUUACACGGAUUCGUCUCCUCACUCAAUCGCUCGUAAGUUGAUUAAGGAAUCGAAGUUAUCAAGAGUUUUCAGUCGAAAGAUACAAAUCGUAGACUAUGCUUCAUUAAUUCAAACCUUAAGCCAGAGAAGAUUGCCUGAAGUAGCUCAUGAGAUCUUUAUCCAGACGAAAUCAGAUAACUUGUUGCCAAAUUACAGAACCCUUUGUGCUCUAAUGCUUUGUUUUGCCGAGAAUGGGUUUGUUCUUGGAGCAAGUAAGAUUUGGGAUGAGAUGUUAAACAGCUCUUUCGAGCCUGAUCUCUUUCUCAUCUCAAAGCUUAUCUCUGCUUAUGUGAAGGUUGGUUGUUUUGAUGAAGUUGCCAAAAUCACCAAGGAUGUAGAUGCAAGGUACUCUAAGCUGCUUCCGGUUGUGUACUCACUUGCUAUAUCCUGUUUCGGAGAGAAUGGUCAGUUUCAAUUGAUGGAGGGAGUUAUAGAGGAAUUGGAUUCAAAGGGAAUGCCGUUAGAUUCUGCCACUGCUAGUGCGGUUGUCAGAUACUAUAGUUAUUUGGGUUCUUUAGAUAAGAUGGAGCAGGCUUAUGGCCGGCGGCUUAGGAAGUUUGGGAUUGUGAUGGAGGAAGAAGAGAUGAGAGCUGUGUUGCUAGCAUACUUAAAACAAAGGAAGUUUUAUCGGCUUCGUGAGUUUUUGUCAGAUGUUGGCCUCUGUAGAAGAGACCUGGGGAAUCUGUUACGGAAUUCUGUAUUACUUUCAUAUGCAGCUGACUUUAAGAUGAAAAGCUUGCAGAGAGAGUUUAUUGGAAUCCUUGAUGCUGGUUUCACUCCUGACCUUACCACCUUUAACAUUCGCGCCCUUGCGUUUUCUAGAAUGGCUCUCUUCUGGGAUCUACAUCUCACUCUUGAACAUAUGAGACGUUUGAACAUUGUUCCAGAUCUUGUGACUUUCGGAUGUGUGGUUGAUGCAUACAUGGAUAGGCGACUAGCAAGAAAUUUGGAGUUUGUAUACAACCGAAUGAACUUGGACGAUUCUCCUGCUGUCUUAACUGACCCCCUUGUAUUUCAAGUACUCGGAAAAGGGGAUUUCCAUCUUAGCUCAGAAGCUGUUUUGGAGUUCAGUCCACGCAAAAACUGGACGUAUAGAAUGCUCAUUGGAGUUUAUCUCAAGAAAAAGUUGCGGAGAGAUCAGAUUUUCUGGAAUUACUAGCUAUUCCUGCCACCUCUUUUCUGCAGUGACUGUCAUGCUUUGCUCAUUAUCACAAUCCGGAUGGUUUGAAACUCAUUGAGGCUUGUGAGUCUUCUUCUUUGCUCAUUAUCACAUUCCUAUUCCUACAUUAUAUUACAAAGUACAGGCACAUAUUUACAUUCUUGCAUAAUUUGCAUUAUACCAAGUAUUUGGCUUCUCCUUUUUUUGCUCCUUCUUUGAAUUGAUGGAUCAUACCUACAUUAUAUGUAUUUAGAUGUAAUGAUUGUUAAAAAAGCUUCAGCAAAGCAAUCAAUAUCAAUAAUAGUUAUAUAAAACCUAUUAAACACAGUUUCGAGGACAAGUAUAUUAUUUUGGGUGGUGAAUAUGUUGAUCAUCUAGGACUACUAGAUCACAAUCCAAAGUGUAUCUAUAGGCUGUUUAUUACUUAAAUUUACUUCAACUAUUUUCUUUUACUUGGUAUCGGAAGAGUUGUGGACCUUCGACAUAUUGACUCCUCGAAAGUAAAUUCCGGCAAUUUACUUUAAAAUAGAAGCCUAAAUUUAAUAUGCACUAUUUUUAGUAAGCUUAACUGAAAUGUACGAAUAAAGACAGAAGGAAUGAAGCGAAAGAUAAGGUGAGCCACUAAACCUGCUGAAAGAGAAGAAAAGGCUCCGAGAAUAAAGAUGGAUCGCUGG